AUGUUGGAUCAAACUCCAACGAAAAUUGUUCCAUGGAAUCGUGAACUAACGAAUAAACGAUCGUCGCAUUCGCUAACUGACAAAAUAACGAAAGCCAGUCCCAGCAAGAUUGUUAAGACUCGCAGCAACUUAAUCAGCAAUCAUGUGAACACUUUGAUAUUUAUGGAUCUUGAAACUACUGGUCUUUUCAAAGGCCAAACGCAAAUCAACGAUGCUACCAGACUGGAAUCACCUGAUUCUUAUACGAAGGCGCUAAAUCAAUUGAUUUUGGAAAAAAUUGUUCAUAAUCGUAAAUUUGUGCAAUUUAAAAACAGUUUUGCCGAAGAAUGGCCGUUGGCUGUCCAGUUCCUGAAUUCGUGUCAGAAGCCUGCAGUGUUAAUUGCCCACAAUGGAAUCCUUUUCGAUUUUCGCGUUCUAUUCGGAGAGAUGAAACGUUUCGAUUUACUCGAAAAAUAUCCAAUGCCUGAAGAUAUUAUUGGUGGUGCUUAUCAAGCACAUUACGCACAACCAGAUACGGAAGCGCUUCUUCUCGUUUGUAUGGCAUAUGGUGAUGAAUUUUUAGAGUUUAUUGACAAAAAAAGUGCCGAAUUUCCAUUCUAA